AUAAAUUAUUUAUUUACUUUUGCAUGGCAUUUACAUAGUAGUGCUCUACUAUAAUUUCAGUACUAUAAAAUGCAUUGGAGUGACCAUAAACGAUUUUCAUCGUUCCAUGAAUAUUCCCCUUAAGCCAGUGCCUACACAUAGAAAAUUAUAUUACAUAUAUUAACCGGCAUAAGCGUUACUUUUUUUCGCAGGAACGAUACUUUGCAGUUUCUAAAUAGUUUAUCAAAAAAAAGAACGUAAAUAUGACAUCUGCGGUAGAAUCGAUGGUGGUGGAUGAGAAACAAAUACCUGAUAAACCAGUAGACAGAGAGAAGACGUGUCCCUUGCUUCUAAGAGUAUUUUGUAAUACUGGACGACACCAUAAUAUUGUGGAAUAUACCAGGGGGAACGUACCUUCGAACGAACUUCAAAUUUAUACUUGGAUGGAUGCAACUUUACGAGAAAUUACUGCAUUGGUUAAAGAAGUAAAUCCAGAUGCCAGAAGUAAAGGAACAUAUUUUGAAUUUUCAUUGGUUACACCUGAACAACGAACGCCUGGUUAUCGAAUGCGUGAGAUUGGGGUAACAUGUUCGGGGCAAAAAGGUGCCGAUGAUAAUAAAACCUUAGCGCAGGCAAGGUUCAUAAUAGGAGAUUACCUGGAUAUUUCAAUAACUCCGCCGAAUAGAAUGCAACCAAUUGUUAGACGUGGCAAUUUUAGACAGUAUUGACAAAGAAAUACUAAUCGUUAAUUUUUAUAAGUUUGAUGCCAAUUAAGAAUUUAUACUUCAUUUCCAUUGCACUAAGUAAUAUACUUUAUCUUAGCCCUGAUCAUUAUAAAUUUAAGUAUCGUAAUGUUAAUAUUA